AUGAGCCAUCAGGGCAAUGCAGGCCAGAACCGGGAAAGUGGUUAUUCUGCCAACAGGGGGUACCGAGGAAAGAGCAACAAUUACAAUGCAUCUUAUUCUCGCCAUGGCGGAGACCACCCUGGAUCUACAAACCGAUCUGGACAGCACUUUGACCAGCAUGGUCCACGUCGGGGUGCCAACCAGGACCCGAGCUCGCAUUUAUCCCAGUCCCAGCGAAAUCAACAUUAUGAGCCGGGUUCGAACGCUCAAAACCCCUCAAAUUUCAUACGGGGCAACUUUUCCCAAGACCGUCAUCAUAAUCUUCAAUAUUCUGGGUCUCACGCCCCAUCUACUGGCGGACAAUACCAAAUUUCCCAGUAUGACGGCCAAGUCGAUGCUGGUUUCCGUGGGAGAAGCAGUCGCUUCGACCGCGCAGGCAAUGAUUUAUCAAACGACCACUUUGGUGAUCAGGCAAUUGUUUAUCUCUCCGUACCUCCGGAGUGGGGAGCAAAUACCGUAUCCAACAUAGACCGAGAUGGCGACACCGUGAUGGAAAAUGGCUCAGACUCCAAUGUCUGGGCUUCUUACAAUAUUUCCCGCUAUUCCCAUUUGAUGGGCUAG